CCACCGCCCCGCCCGCCCAGAGCUAGCCCGGGCCCCGCCAUGGGCCACAACGACAUUAUGAACACCGCCGAGGACUUCGCCGACCAGUUCCUGAGGGUAACGAAGCAGUACCUGCCCCACGUGGCCCGGCUGUGCCUCAUCAGCACCUUCCUGGAGGAUGGCAUCCGCAUGUGGUUCCAGUGGAGUGAACAGAGGGACUACAUCGAUGGCACGUGGAACUGUGGCUACUUCCUGGCCUCCAUCUUUGUGUUCAUAAACCUCUUCGGGCAGCUGAGUGGCUGUAUCCUGGUGCUGAGUAGGAACUUUGUGCAAUAUGCCUGCUUUGGACUGUUUGGAAUUAUAGCAUUACAGACUAUUGCAUACAGCAUUCUAUGGGACCUGAAGUUCUUGAUGAGGAAUCUUGCCCUUGGGGGAGGCUUGUUGCUGCUUCUGGCUGAGUCCCGCUCAGAAGGGAAGAGCAUGUUUGCUGGUGUCCCCACCAUGAGGGAGAGCUCCCCAAAGCAGUACAUGCAGCUGGGGGGACGUGUGCUGCUCGUUCUCAUGUUCAUGACACUGCUACACUUUGAUAUGGACUUCUUUUCUAUUCUGCAGAACAUUGUGGGCACAGCCCUGAUUAUCUUGGUGGCAAUUGGCUUCAAGACUAAGCUGGCUGCCUUGACUCUGGUCAUCUGGCUGUUUGGCAUCAACAUCUACUUCAAUGCCUUCUGGACCGUCCCAGCCUACAAGCCCAUGCACGACUUCCUCAAAUACGAUUUCUUCCAGACCAUGUCUGUCAUUGGAGGGCUCCUCCUUGUGGUUGCACUGGGUCCCGGUGGAGUCUCCAUGGAUGAGAAGAAAAAAGAGUGGUAACAGGAAUAGCAACAUUUCUUGGGACAUACUGUACUAAGUCCAGAACUGAUUCUCUAUGGAUUCAACAAAAACUGCCAGCAUUUUACACAUACAUGCCCCCUUCCUAUAAAAGGCACAGAUGUUUUGAAUUUGAUUUACUGCGGCACCAGUAAUACAAUAGAUAAAAUCUUA